AUGCUUGCCUCGCUCUCACCCCCGGCUGCGCGCCUGUCGCCGCCCAUCACUCCCCCGCCCACGCUCGCACCGUCUGACUCUGUUCGGCCGUCCCCUGCGUCGUCCGACGACUUAUCUCUUCUCGAGCCCUCCUUUGUAUACGAGCGCACUGCAGAAGGCACAUAUGUGCGCGUCGCUAAGGGCUCGCCCAAGUCAUCGACGUCAGCACCACCGACGCCAGAGCAAUCCCCCAAGUUGAACCCCCAGAUAGCCACAAAGGCACCAUCUCCGUUACCGACGACGCGUCCUUCCACGCUUGCGAGGUCAGAAAGUCUGCCCUCGACCUCUUAUGGUAUAACACCUGCGAACGGCGGGAGGUCGUUUCAGCGUGUAGCCUCGGGCCCGCUGAAGACGCCAGGUUCGUCAACUCUUGUCCGUACCGCCGUUGGGCCCCUGGCUGCGGGCGGCGCCGCACGCAAAGGCGGUGCGCGCCGUGUCAAGAUUGAAGAUGCACAGGAGAAGGAUGCCCUCAUGCGCUCGCAACCGCAAGUCGUGGACGAGAAAGAGAAUGUUCGUGGUAUGCCGCAUAGUCACGCCGCCCUCGCGCGGCCCAUCAUCUCUAUGCGGCCGGCGCGUCUCAUGAACAAGAAGUCGGGCAUGGGUAUCGAACGUAUUGCUGAGGAGCAGCCCUCUGAGGAGGCCUCUCAGGAGUUGCCUCAGCCACCCGUCGCGCCCGGUCGACCACGGCGUUCAGCCAGCCUGAGCGACGCGUCAGGCUCCUCGCCGCAUGGGUCUCUCUUGCCCGAACAACCUGCUGGUCAAUUCGGUUACCAUUAUGCACACGCAUCUCAUAGGCCAGGUACCAGUAUGGGCAUCGCGGAUCGCGGUGCGCGACGAGUCACGCUCGAGGAGAAGAUCCGCCAGGAGCGCGAGAUCGCACUGGAAGAAGGCUAUCUGCGAAGAGCUGCGGAAGAAGCGGCUGAAGAACAGAGGAUAGCACAGGCUUCCUCUCGCCAUUCCCCUUCGCCUACACAUGUCGCUCAAGCAAACUACCGCCCCUAUGGACAUCAACGCAAGGAUUCCGACACCCUCCGUUCCGUCGCCGCCGUACCAUCCCCGUCUUCACCCACAGCUGUCGAGCUCCCAGGACGUGCCUCCCCGCCAAGACAUUCCAUCCCCUCGUCAACAGUCGGACUUACCGCUGUGGCGCAAAACUACCGCCACAGACGCAGUCCGACUGCCCCGGAGGCACCGACGACGAGUGGCGACAUCGCGCCCUCGACAAACCCUGCUCCUUCAGGCAGGACCUGGGCUGCUGGCGACGGGCGCGAACGUGAGGAAGCUGCAGACGUUGGUGUGCAGUCAAGGAGCGUGCCGACCCUUCCUCCGCCUCAGCCACCUGCCGCACAUCCACGCCAGACCGCGCCUCCCGCUACUCAGCCGCCACUUCAGCCUCAGCCGGCACCGCAGCAAGCCGAAGGGCGAUCGAAUGCCAAGAAUCUCAUGGUGAACCGCAAGUCGUACGCGCGGCUGGACAUGAUCGGCAAGGGUGGCUCUUCUCGUGUGUAUCGCGUCAUGAAUUCCUCAAACGAGAUAUACGCCCUCAAACGCGUGUCGAUUAAUGACAAGGAGGAGGAAACUAUGGAUGGGUACAUCAACGAGAUUCAACUAUUGAAGCGGCUCGAUGGCAACCAGCGUAUCAUCCGCCUGAUUGACAGUGAGGUCAGGACCCCAGUCAAUGGCAAGGGAUCGUUGACCCUCGUGCUCGAGUUCGGGGAGAUUGAUCUGGCUAAGCUGCUGCAAGAGAGGCAGAAGGAGGCCCUCGACUUGGUCUGGGUAGCCUACUACUUCAAGCAGAUGCUUCAAGCUGUGCAGGUCAUUCACGAAGAGAAGAUCGUCCACUCCGACCUCAAGCCAGCGAACUUCGUACUCGUCAAGGGCCAGCUGAAGCUGAUCGACUUCGGGAUCGCCAACGCGAUCGCGAACGACACGACGAACAUCCAGCGGGACCACCAGGUCGGCACCGUCAACUACAUGUCGCCCGAGGCGAUCGAGCUCCCCGAGGGCAUGCGCCGGCUCAAGGUCGGUCGGCCCAGCGACGUCUGGAGUCUUGGAUGCAUUCUCUACCAGAUGAUCUACGGUUACCCGCCCUUCCACCAUCUCGAUCUGUACCAGAAGAUGCGUGCGAUUCCGGACCGUGACCACGUCAUCGAGUUCCCCGAGCACUCGGUCCCGGUGUCGCUGCGCGGCGGCUCGCCCUCGUCGCAGAAGAAGAUGGAGGAGAUGAAGGUGAAGGUGCCGCCCGGCGUGAUCGCGACGAUAAAGCGGUGUCUUGUGCGGAAUCCGAAGGAGCGGAUCACGAUCCCGGAGUUGCUGGAGGAGAACUGGCUGACGAUGCGCGAACCAGAACCGGAUCGGGCUCCAACGCCGCCGCCGCCUGCUCGUCCUGUGCUUGCUGACGACGAAGCGUUGAUCAACCCGCAUUUCAUGCAACAGCUGCUUCGCUACGGCUUGAACCUUGGCCGCGAGGGUACCGUGAUGUCCGCGGAGCAGCUUGCGGAGGAGUGCAAGGUAUGGCAGUCUUGA